UGCCGCUACCCGUGAGGGAGCCGCCGUCGGGGCCUUGUCGGCCCGACCUCAGGAGUGCUGCUGAUCUGCCAGGGUCAGAAGUGGCCAUCAGCAGGAUGAGCUGUGUGUGGAUGGGCUUCCUGGCCCGAGACUUCUCCCUGGGCUGGAGAACCCUGUAUCAGGUGGCUCCGCAGAGACGUCUCCUGCACGUGGUGGGGAGCCGCCUUGCUCAGGACCCCCCUCAGGCUCCGGACGGCAGCACGGGAAAAGCAGCAGGUGACUCGCAGCUCACCCUCGGGGCCCCCUCAGGGCAGGGCCAGGACGGGGCCGCCAGAGCCCUGGUGCCGUUUGAGGACUUCUUUCAGCGGGCGUCCGGGGGCUUCAAAGACAAGGCAGGCUUCACGCGAGCGGUGGACGUGUUCAACCAGCGGAGCGUGCGCAAGCGGGGCCACGUGGACUUUAUCUACACGGCCCUCGGCAAGAUGAAGGAGUACGGCGUGGAGCGGGACCUGGCCGUCUACAACCUCCUGCUGGAUGUCUUCCCCAAGGAGGUCUUCGUGCCGCGCAAUUUUAUCCAGCGCAUCUUCAACCACUACCCUCGGCAGCAGGAGUGUGGCGUCCAGGUGCUGGAGCAGAUGGAGAACCAUGGAGUCCUGCCCAACAAAGAGACGGAGUUCCUGCUGCUUCAGGUUUUUGGGAGGAAGAGCUACCCGAUGCUCAAAUACCAUCGGAUCAUGUACUGGUUUCCCCGCUUCAAAAACAUCAACCCCUUCCCCCUGCCCAAGCCCCUGCCGCAGGAUCCCGUCGACCUGGCCAGGCUGGGCCUGCAGCGCAUCGCAGCCGACCUGAGUGCCAGAGUCACCGUGUACCAGAUGCCAGAGGCAGCCGAGAGUCCCGCGGGAGCCGGUGUCCUGUUUCGGCCUCAUAUUAUAGGCAUUCAGAGCCCCGAUCAGCAAGCCGCCCUGGCCCGCCACAGCCCCUCGCGGCCCAUCUUCAUCGAAGGACCUUUCCCCCUGUGGCUCAGGGAUAAGUGCGUGUACUACCACAUCCUGAGGGCCGAUCUGGUGGCCGGGGAAAAGGAAGAGGAGGAGCUUGGACCAGAGAGAAACUUCUACUGCCCCAUGCAGCUUGACUUGGAUCUGGACCGAGGACCCUGGGAUGAUAACGAGUUUGAUGUGGAUGAAGUGGAAGAAGGCCCUGUGUUUGCCAUGUGUAUGGCCGGGGCACACGAUCAAGACACCCUCGCCCAGUGGAUCCUGAGACUGCAGGAGACCAACCCAGCCCUGGCCCAGAUCCCUGUGGUGUUCCGGCUCGGCAACCAGCCCCACGAGCUCCAGCUGGCCGGGCAGACAGAGGAGCAGCAACCUCACCCAGAGGAAUUCUUGCAGCAGCAGCAGUCCUGAACCCUGCACUUCAGAGGGAGAAAGUGUCUCGGACUGGAACUAAGUUGAGUGUGCAUAGCUCUUGGGCAGCCAGGAGAGAGGAAGCAGCUUACAGGUGUGUACGUGAGGGCGAUUUAGUCAGUUUGGAGAGGUUUUCCUCUGCUGGAGUUCUUCCCUCCUUCGGGUGAAUACAAUAAAGCUUCCCUCUAAUAGACUGUC